AUGGGUUAUGCAGUUGUAUCUACAUUUGUGCAAGCCUAUCUGUUUACUUACCCAAGCUGGCAGCAGUUUCCUAACCAACAAGAAUUGUUUCUUUCUACAUCUCUUGCAGUUAGUAGUUCUUCAAAUCCAUUUUUUGUUAAACAACAAGCGGUACAAAAUAUGUCUUCACAUAAUUUAUCACCUAAAAUACAAUUUUCUCAAUAUGGUUUUCAGG